AUGGCCGACAAAGUCAACAUGUCUCUGGACGACAUCAUUGGGCCGAACCGGAGCCAGCGGGGCGGCAGCGGCGGGGCUAGGGACCGAAGCCAGGACCGAGGCCGGGACCGAGGCUGGGACCGAGGCCGGGACCGAGGCCGGGACCGAGGCUGGGACCGAGGCCGGGACCGAGGCCGGGCCGGCUCCCAGGGAGGCCGCAAUGGCGGAGCGCAAACCACCGCUCCAGUGAGCCGGGGCGGCGGGCCGUUCCGGAACCGGGCGGCCCUCGACCGAGGCAGGAACCGGCCGGCGCCCUACAGCAGGCCGCUGAGACAGCUUCCCGACGAGUGGCAACACGACCGCUGCCGCAGGGGCUUGGGCAGGGGCGCCGGCCCGGUGACCGGGGGGAAGCUGCUUCUGUCCAACCUGGCCUUCGGAGUGUCCGACGAGGACGUCCAGCAGCUGUUUGCGGAGUUCGGGCCUCUGAAGAAGGCCGGGGUCCACUACGACCGCUCCGGCCGCAGCCUGGGAACAGGCCACGUGCACUUUGCGCGGAAGGCAGACGCCCUCGAAGCCAUGAGACAGUACCACGGCGCCCCUUUGGAUGGCCGUCCCCUCAACAUCCAGCUCGUCACCUCACAGAUACACACGCAGCGCAGCCCGGUACAGAGUGUCAACAGGGGCGGGGUGACUCCACACCGAGGAUCUGGAGGCUUGGGCGGAGGCAGCCGGGCUACAGGCCGGGGCACCGGACGCAAUUCACAGCAACAGAUCUCUGCGGAGGAGUUGGACGCUCAGCUGGACGCUUACAACUCCAUGAGGAGCACCAAAAGGUUGGACGCCCAGGUGAACACUGGCGGCGCGCUGAGGGGCACCAAAAAGUGGGACUCCCAGAAGGACGCUUACAACCCGAUGGGGGGCACCGAGGAGUUGGACGCCCAGCUGGACGCUUCCGACGCCAUGAUGGACACCAGCUAA